UCAUAUAGUGAAAUGGCAGGAGCCAGUAUUUCAGUGAAUCAGGAUCAGUUCACUUGUCCAGCGUGUCUGGAUCUACUGAAGGAUCCAGUGACUAUUCCCUGUGGACACAAUUACUGUAUGAGAUGCAUUACAGACAUCUGGAAUCAGGAGGAUCAGAAGAGAAUCUACAGAUGUCCAUUAUGCAAACAGACCUUCACACCAAAACCUGUUUUAGGUAGGAAUGUGGUGAUUGCUGAAAUGGUGGAGAAACUGAAGAAGACGAGACUCCAAGCUACUUCUCCUGCACUGAACAUUUCCACUAGAUCUGGAGAUGUUCAGUGUGACUCCUGCACUGGAAGAAAACAGAAAGCAGUGAAGUCGUGUCUGGAGUGUCGAAGCUCUUACUGUCAAAAUCACCUUAAACAGCAUGAGAAUCUCUUCAGUAAAAGACACAAUCUGAUGGACGCCACUAGACGACUGCAGGAGAUGAUCUGCCCUCAACAUGAUAAAAUGCUGGAAAUUUACUGCCAUACUGACCAGCGGUGUAUCUGUGUGCUGUGUUUGAUGGAUGAACACAAAGAUCAUGACACUGUAUCAACUGCAGCAGAACGGAAAGAAAAACAGAGACAUUUGGAGGAGAAACAGAGAAAAUUCCAGCAGAGAAUCCAGCAGAAAGAGAAAGAUCUUCAGCAGCUGAGAGAGGCUGUGGCAUCUCAUAAGCGCUCUGCACAGACCGCAGUGGAGGACAGUGAGAGGAUCUUCACUGAGCUCAUCCGCUCCAUUGAGAGACGUCGCUCUGAGGUGAUUCAGCUGAUCAGAGAUCAGGAACGAGCUGCAGUGAGUCGAGCAGAAGGACUCUUGGAGCAAAUAGAGCAGGAGAUCAAUGAUCUGAGGAGGAGAGACACUGAGAUGAAGCAGCUUUUAGAGAUAGAUGAUCAUUUUCAUUUCCUUCAGAGUUUGGCGUCUCUCUCUCUCUCUGGAUCUACAGACGGCUUCACUAUCAGUUCUCAUCUGUCCUUUGAUGAAGUAGUGAAAUCUGUCUCUCAACUCAGAGACAAACUGCUGCAGUUCUGCAGCGAGGAGACAGAAAAGAUAUCUGGAAGAGCAAAAACCAUCCAGGUCAUUCUGACUCCUGAAUAUCAGACCAGAGAGGAGUUUCUACAAUAUUCCUGUCUGUUGACUCUGGAUCUGAACUCAGUGAAUAAUUGGCUCCGUCUGUCUGAGGGAAACACAUUGAUCGCUUGCUCUGACAAACUCCAGCGUUAUCCUGAUCAUCCAGACAGAUCAAAUUUUGAUUGGGGGCAGGUGAUGUGUAGAGAGAGUGUGACUGGACGCUGUUACUGGGAGGUGGAGUGGAGCGGCAGUAAUGCGAUAUCAGAGGUGGAUAUAUCAGUGACGUAUAAGAGCAUCAGCAGGAAGGGAAAUGGUCUUGAAAGUGUAGCUGGGUGUAACGAUCAGUCCUGGAGUUUGUUCUGCACUCCUGACGGUUACUCAUUCUGGCACAAUAACAUUGAGACUGUCCUUCCUGUAGUCAAUGUCUCCAGUACAAUAGGAGUGUAUGUGGAUCACAGCGCAGGGAUUUUGUCCUUCUACAGCGUCUCAGACACAAUGAGCCUCAUCCACAGAGUCCAGACCACAUUCACUCAGCCGCUCUAUGCCAUGUUUGGACUACAAAAACACACAACAGCGAUACUCUGUCGUCUGACCAAUUAACACACAUCUACAGAUUGUUUUGCAUGUCUCAUGAUGAAUCAGUAAGAUGACAAACACAGCCUGUCUAAACUAAUAACACAAAUGAUUGUACAUUUUGUGUACAUACAUUUCUGUAAAAA